CUGUAGUGGUCUAGAGAGAUGUUCUAAGCAGCAGUUGGCCAUGUGCCAUCAUUAUAUGUGUUUGGACUUGAACUGUGUGGAUGGCACUGAAAAGGAUUCUGACACCAUACGAGGAUUUCUAGAGUACCAGCAAGCCGCUUAUCUUUGAAUUUUUUUGAAAGCUCUACUUCAAUCAAUAUUAAAAGGCGAUGUCACACUUACCAUUAUAUGCCAGCUGGACAGGGACUAUAAUCUGCCUAGAGACCAUCUGCUGAGAUCAUUUCCAAGGAAAAAAUCACAGAAUUCACAGGCCGUGAGCCUCUCCCACUCAUCUCCUGUACAACGACUACAUCAUCAAUUACCUAAGUCAUAAGAAAGCAUACAUUUAUGGCUGAAAAAAGAAAAACUAUUUCCACAACAGACAAGCUGCCAUUUUGCUUAGCUGCACGCGCUGCAUGUGGUGGGUUUCUUGCUUACUGUCCCUUCAAAUGGAGACAAAUAGGAUCUAAAGAUAUCUGUUUAACAUUAACCCCAUUGGUGUUUUAGGCUGGAGUGGAAGACCAGGCAUCCCAGUGACUCAUGACUUCUGUAUCAAGGCCAGAGAGGGGCAAGGCUAAAGUUUGGAAGCUCUGCUAGGAAGUAGAACACAGUGUUAGAGACAAGACCUUAUUAUCACAUUCCAUGUAAGUCAAACAAACACAGCCUAUUUAUGACACCUUUCCUGUAAUACACCAUGCUGGUAAAUUUGUAAUCUCUUUAAGGCUAAUGCCAUAUUUAUUUUUUAUACAUGUAGCUCAAAAAAUAAGAAGAGUAAUAAAGUAAAAGGAUUGGCAUCAAAGAGGAGACUGCUGUAUACUGGUCUAGCUAAAGUGAUAGCAGGGAGGAGAGUAUAACCUAUAAAAGCACAUAAGCAGUAGUGACUGACUCACUCUCAAAGCAGCUGUAUUGCAGAAGGAUUACAGCAAGAGAAGAAGAGCAGACACACAGCAACUAAGAAACUCUCAACAGGGGUAACACAAUGAUGGCAAACAGGAUUUAUAAGAAGAACAGUAGAAAUGGCUCGAUUUGUCUUUACUUGGGGAAAAGAGACUUUGUGGACCAUGUGGACCAUGUUGAUAUUGUGGAUGGGGUGCUCAAGGUGGACACUUCAGAACUAGAUGGAAGAAAAGUGUUUGUACAGCUGUCUUGUUUCUUUCACUAUGGUAAGGAAGAUUUGGAUCUGAUCAGUUUGUCCUUCAGGAAAGACAUUUGGAUGCACCACGUUCAAAUUUAUCCUCCACCUGCUGAAGACAAACCAGUUACUACGCCUAUGCAGGAUGUCCUUAUGAAGAAAGCAGAGGAGGGAGCACACCCCUUCACUUUUAAUAUUCCAGCAAAUCUGCCAUGCUCUGUAACUUUUCUGCCAGCAGCAUGGGACAAAGGCAAGAUUUGUGGUGUUGACUUUAAAAUAAAAGCCUACAUUGCCAACGAGGCUGACGAUCCAGAUGAGAAAAUUGACAAGAAGGACACUUGUCAGUUGAUCAUUCGUAAAAUCCAAUUUGCACCAGACAAGUUGCUGCCUGGGCCUGAGGUGAAUAUCUACAAGCAAUUCAUGUUUUCGGGAAAAACGAUUCACCUGGAGGCCUCCACAGAGAAGGAGGUUUACAAUCAUGGAGAUCCUAUCCAGGUCAGAGUGAAAAUAAACAACCAGACUAAUAAAGUGAUCAAAAAAAUAAAAAUUUCCAUUGACCAAACAGCAGAUGUUGUGCUCUAUUCAACUGACAAAUACACCAAAGUCGUUCUCUGUGAGGAAUUUCGUGAUCAAGUAAAUGGUCAAACCACAUUUGAGAAGGAAUACAUAGUCACGCCUCUAGUGGCCAACAACAAAGAGAAAUAUGGUCUGGCAUUGGACGGCAGGUUAAAAGAUGAAGACACAAACCUUGCAUCAUCCACAAUUCUGCUACCUGGCACAUACAAAGAUGUACAGGGCAUUCUGGUGUCUUACAAAAUCAAAGUCAAACUCAUGGUGGCCAGUGGUGGUGUCUUUGGAAGCCUUAUAUCCAGUUAUGUUACUGCUGAAAUACCUCUGAUCUUAAUGUCACCAAAGCCAAAAGAUGUGUAAGUGGAAACCUUACAUCUCAGCUGCAUUAUAAAGCACAUUUUAUAUGUUUAUUGUGAUGCAAACUGUGUUUUCUCCUAGUUGAUACAAUCUCAGCUUCUGUUACUAAGAAUAAUUAUUCUGUUAAAUACUGUACUACAAAGUGUAUUGAGGAAACUCAGUAUGAUAAGGUGGACAAGCCAAAGUAAUUUGGGUUGGAGUUCCCAAAAGCAUUGCAAAUUGAGCCCCACAUUAAAAACUCUUUCUACAAGCAAAGAUUAUAUUAAUUUUAUAGAGUUUUGGGGAAACUACAUUAGUAGGAUAUUGUUGCACUGACAUUAUUUCUUUAGCAUAGAAGUGAUAUUAUUUUAGAUAUCGAAAAUAAAUUACCCAGUAGUAAAUACAGGCCACUCCAAAUUCUUGCAUGUUACUCUCGU